CGCAUCAGCUGGUACCAUUUAUUAUUGUCCAAUUUCGCGAAAUACAAGCGUGGAGCUGUUUAUGAGCUGUUUUUGAAAAUGGAGGUGGAAUUUAGCAAGGACAAUUUUUUGCUCCCCGAAAUAAAAUAUGAAUAUUUGGAUCACACAGCUGAUGUGCAAUUGCAUGGUUGGGGCUCUACGUUAAAGGAAGCUUUCGAACAAUGUGGCGUCGCCAUGUUUGGCUACAUGACCGAGCUGUCCUACGUAACAGUGAAUAACUGUUAUGAGAUCGAAGCGAAGGGCGAUGACAUUGAAGGUUUGCUAUUUCAUUUUCUGGACGAGCUGUUGUUCCUGUUUUCGGCGGAGCCUUAUUUGGUGUGCAAGAAACUGGAAAUCACAAAAUUCGAUUUGGAUAACUUUGAGAUCGCCUGCCGCUGCUAUGGCGAACCCUUUGAGCUGGGCAAACAUCCACAGGGCACCGAAGUAAAGGCAAUCACAUACUCUGCCAUGCAAGUGGUGCAGGAUACUGCGAAAGAGCUAUACGAAGUGUUUGUCAUAAUUGAUAUUUGAGUAUUAAAUGUGUUUAGCUUUAUUGCUGUGAACUUAACCGAACACAAUUCGCAUUUGA